AUGUGUUCUUGGUCGAAGGAGGGUGUAGCAGUGGCAAGUGUGGGUCUGGAAAUGUUGGUGUCCAAUGAUGUGUUGGAAUUGGUUGACUCUGGUGCUAGACUUCUCUAUGUGGGCAAGACUGCUGGGUACCAUAGCAGAACCCAGGAGGUGAUACAUGAAUUGCUACUGAGUCUUGCUGAAGCUGGAGCUAAUGUUGUGAGACUAAAAGGAGGGGAUCCACUGGUGUUUGGUAGGGGUGGGGAGGAGAUGGAUUUUCUGCGAUAG